AUGAUGCUUGACAAAAGAUCCCCAUAUCGUAUGGAACCCCUUCCCGCCAAGCCUUCACAUUCUAUAGUAUACACUAACGCCAAGAAGAGGAGGGAAGCCUCUGUUCCUAACGAUGAUAACAGCCAAUACAAGUCAUGGAAAGUGACUGGACUCCUGCCCUGGUCUGCUCUUCUCUUCACAGCUGGGUUCAUAACGCGUACUAUCGGCGCCUUUGGACAGUGGGGGAAUGUGGGCAUCUACAUUGCAAGCACCGUUCUCUUGCUGGCUGCACCACCCGUCUAUGAGGGCGCCAACUACUUCACUCUGGGCCGCAUCCUUUACUACAUCCCAUAUCAUUCGCCAAUUCAUCCUGGGCGCGUUUUCACCACUUUUGUGGCGGUUGGUGUGGUGAUUGAAGCUAUCACCGGCAAUGGGGCUGCGCUAGUUGCCAAUUCCGAGGCGACUGAAGGUAAAAGGAAGACGGGAGAGGGAUUGCUCAAAGCAGCUUUGAUCUUGCAACUUGUGUUGAUGGCAGCAUUUGUGGCCUUGGCUGCCAGAUUCCACUACAACUGUUCUCGUGGCGGCGUCUUGAACCACAAGAUCAAGCGGGCCUUUGGCAACCAGAUCAGCCCGAUCCUCAAGGAUGAGUGGUUUUUCUGGGUUUUUGAGGCUGGUGUCAUGUACCUCAACACCAUCUUGCUGAAUGUCUGCCAUCCGAUGCAAUGGCUUCCACGCUCCAACAAGAUAUAUCUCGCCACGGAUGGCGUUACCGAAAUCGAAGGGCCUGGUUACGACGAUCACCGACCAGUCAUCCUGACCCUUAUUGAUCCCUUCGACAUAGUUGGCCUGAUCAAGAACAAAGUAAGUAAAGUAAGUGGAAGGAAGGGAAUCGACGCUGACGUCUUCCACUGCGACCAGCCGAUCCUCCGCCCCGCCUGA